AUGCUAUUCAACAACAUGGCCAGUCUUCAGAUACCGAGUGUCACAUUGGAAGACCUCCAAAAAUUCCAAGCCAACCACUUCUUCGGCGCAACCACAUCUCCAGCCGGCGCCGCGCAAUCAGACCUGGUCGUAGAAGAGGAAGACAUGUACUAUGAAGGAGAAGAAGAUCUGGGAUACUACAAGGACGGUGCAAAACGGACGUUGACAGACGAACAAAUCGAGAUAUUUCGGCACAGUGAAAUCCACGCGCUGUUAAGGGAAAGGGAACGUUUGAGAGAGGAGGAGGCGGAAGGGCAAAGCGAUGUCGAAGAAACUAACGAGUCUGAAGACACGUCAAAAAUUGUCGAUAGCAUUCAGAACAAAUCGGACGGCACUGAUCUGAAGAGGAAGUCUGUGGAGAGCAACGAAGACUCAUCCGCGAAAAGAGCAAAGGACGAGCAGAGCACGGCCCGCACCAGUGACGGCGACGCAGCAGCUAGCAUACAACCACCACAACAAAACACCUCUUCUCGCGACUUCACCUUUGAGCGAAAGAUUGUAUCGUACGCCGAAGACUGA